UAUGAGAUACACAUGAUGUACAAAGGUUCGUCCCCACAGAAUUUCAAAAUGAUAUCAGUUAUAUAAACGCCAGGAAAUAAGAUUCAUUGAAUGUCUUGUAAACCGAGGACAUCGUGCAAAGGCGUAUUUGGAAAGUUCGGUAUAUUCAAAUAGAAAUUAUAUAAAAAACGCGGAUGAUCCGAUAAAAGCUUACCAAUUAAUUUAGGCCGAUGGAUCCUUUAUGUUUAGAGAUUGUAGCGUAGACUCACUAGGGAACCAUUGGUAAACAAAGGCGAUGGUUUUCAUAGCUUACAAAUUGCGGCAUCAACAAAUAGAUGUUAUAACAAUAUAAUUAUAUUAAGGGAACAAUCGGGAUAAAAGACUAUUAAAACUCAUGUUCAAAUUACGCUAAUUGUAAGAAUACUAGUUAGUCACUACGGAAAAUACACAAAACAGUCAUAACUAUAGUUUCGGGGUAUCGUAAAAUCAACUGUUUGUACCCUAGAAUAGUACUUAAGGUAAUACAUGAAACAAUUACGCGAAAGACUAUUAAUACAAGGAGUACCGUUUUAUGAUAUCAGUGAGUAAAUUCAAUAUUCAUCGUUUGGAGUACAAAUCAGCGAAAAAGAGGGCCUUCUUUCAUAUUUGAAGUACGAACAUUCUCGAACAGUAACAAAUACAGAAAUGAAAAGGUGUUAUACGCUUCUUCUCACAAUUAGUAUGACCACAUUGGGACUUCCCGCAGAAUCGAGUGGGCAAAGCUUUCUUGAAGACGCCAAAGCUAUAGAUUACUAUAGCAACGAGAAGGAUACGAAUAAUUACUAUGACUACAGUAAUAACGACAUCCCAACGCUACCCACAACGAGGCAAGUCUUGCAGCGGCUCCUCGACAGACUCCAAAGUAGAGACAGGCCAUACACGUUACAUCCAGCCCAACAGAAAGAUGUCAACGUAGACGCACUUGCCAAAAGACUGAGUAAGACAUAUGAAGAUUUCGUUUCAAAACGAGGACCUUCGAGUAAUUGUUACAGUUGCUGUAAAUCGCAAGCCAUGUGUUUAAUCAAAUGUAGGAUGGGUCGAGGCCAAUGCGGGAUAGGAAGAAAGAAAAUUUGAAGAAUGGAAGAGCUUGAGGCUGGAUAGGAAAAAUUCAAGCGUGAAGAGUUGCAUCUAUUUUACAAACAUUGCAUCAAAACUUGCAUCUAUCAAAUGUGACUUUUUAAUACAUAUUUUUGUUCAUAAAACAGUUGAAAUUUAUUUACAUAAAUUGUACAAUAUUGCUUCGUAGUAUUAUAAUAAUCACACAUUUUAAAGUUUUGCUUUUACGAAACUGGAGUGGCUCAUGUGUGAUGUCAAAGUAUAAACGUGUGAUGUCAUUGUCUAAAUGUAUGAUGUCAUAAUCCAAUUGUAUGAUAAAUGGUGACCCAUUUUGA